ACGGAUGCGGAACAGAAUCAUCUAAAUCUCCAGAGAUCAUCCUUAUUAAGAUUUUUGCACACCUUCACAGAAACGCGCAGAAUAUGUCAUUGCUCUUUCUGCUGUUAUUGUUCAUGGGCGGUGUGUCUGGUGCAGAAACAGACGAGACGAUGCCAGUGAUGGAGGGAGAUUCCGUCACUCUACACACCAAUCUUACUGAAAUACAGAACGAUGAUACCAUAUUGUGGAUGUUUGGACCUAAAGACUUUGCCAUAUCCCAAAUAACGAGAAAGAACGAUUUUACCUCAUUUUUUGUCACUGAUGAGGCUGAAUUCAGAGGCAGACUGCAGUUGGACCAAAAAACUGGAUCUCUUACCAUCAGAAACACCAGAAUCAGACACUCUGGACAAUAUAAACUAGCCAUCUCUAGAGAACAGAUGACAACCAAGAUAUUUAGUGUUACUGUCUUUGGGGCAGUUGGUGAGACGGAUGGAGUGAAGGCAGUGUCAGUAAUGGAAGGAAAUUCUGUCACUUUACACAUUGAUACUGAAAUACACACAGAUGAUCUGAUCCUGUGGAGGUUUGGAGAUAAGGGGAUCCUUCUGGCUAAAAGUGAUGUAGAGACUAAAGAGAUCUCAUUAAAUGAUGCUGAUGAGAGAUUCAAAGAUCAACUGCAGCUGGAUCCAACUGGAUCUCUGACCAUCAAGAACAGCAGAACUGAACACACUGGACUUUAUGAGGUACAGAUCAAAGGCCAUGAGAGCUCACAGCGAUUCCUUCUUUCUGUCAGUGAAUUGACUCUGUCUUUUGGUGAAAUAGCAGCGAUAGUUGCUGCUGUUCUGCUGGUGGCUGUAGUUUUAAUUGCCAUGGUGAUUUACUAUCGCCGAAAGAUUGCUAAACUGCAAAUUGAUUUCUCACAGUGUCUUACAGUCACUUGA